GAGAGAGGGAACCAGGGAUCUGGAGAGACUGUGGUGCAGGUAGCCUAGGAGUCCAUCUGUGUUCUCCCAGGGCCCUGGGGACUCUGGGAGCGCUGGGGUUGGAGACCCCUCUUCAUAGCCAUAGCCCUGGUGGUCGCUGUUGUUCUGUGGGCCCUUGUUCUAAGCAUCUUAUUCUCCAAGGGUGAGUGACAGAGUGCUGGGGACUGGCUGCAUCUGGCAGGGGUGAACACAGACCCUGGGGACACAUGGUCCACCAGCUGGGUCCAGGACACUUUCUUGGGUCUGUGUGUACGUCCUCCACGGAGCGUCAGGCGCUGCUCGGCGGCCAAGACCUACUGAGGACAAAUGCGUCGGAUCAGACCGCGAUGCUGGGUGUCCUGAAGAAGGAGGUCGGAGGCUGCCGGAACUGCUGCUCGGAGACCCGCGCGCAGCUGCAAACCACGCACACGGAGCUUCGGGAGGCGCAGAGGAAGCUGUUGCAGCAGGAGAGCUCCUUGAAUGAACUGCGCGAGCGAGUGACCCGGGACUUGGCCAAAGCAGGCGAGGACCGCGAGAAAAUCCGCAGUGAGCUGUUCCGGGCGCUGGAGACCGCCAAGUUUGGAAACAGUUCCUGCAAGGUGUGUCCCACGUCGUGGCUACCCUUCCAAGGUUCCUGCUACUUUUUUUCGGUUCUGCGGGCCAAGUGGGAGGAGGCGCAGCAGAACUGCGCAGACGCUGGCGCGCACUUGGUGAUUGUCGGGGGACUGGAGGAACAGGGCUUCCUGAGGCGGAAUUCCCGUGGCCAAGAAUACUGGCUGGGCCUCAGGGCCGUGCGCCUGGUGCGUAAAAUCCAGCGCUACCAGUGGAUGGAUGGUGUCCAGCUCAGCUUCAGCCACUGGAGCCAAGGGGAACCCAAUGACGCCAGGGGACGCGAAGACUGCGUCAUGAUGCUGCCUACAGGGCUGUGGAAUGACACACCGUGCAAAGGCGAGAAGGCCAACUGGAUCUGCGAGAAGCGGCACAGCUGCUGACCCCGUCCAGUGCCCUGCCGCCGCCCUCCCCCUCCCCACCUUGCAACGCACACCACGGUUGAGCGUGGUGCGGCUCCCAAAUACCCUCUCCUGGCUCCCCUCCAGGUUUCCAGGGCCUGAUAUUCUGACUCCACCACCUCUCUCCCUAGCCAUGGACCAGCAAACUUAGGAUGGAGCAGUUGGUUUUUCCUGCGUUUCCCCCCAGACUGGGAAGCCUCAAGGACUCGGGAUUCCUGAGCUGUCUUGGCCAACUUAGGGCGCAUGAAUAAAUAUUUGAGAAAUGAAUCUUG